CAAAGAAACCAGAUUUUUAACAAGUUGAAAAGAGAUAAAGUUUAGUUCUAAAAUUUUUAAAUUCAAAAGAACAGUUUAUGUGUACGUUCUUAAAAUCUGUCAAGAAAAUUUCUGCGGGUAGAUUUGUCAUUAAAUAAAAUGAAUUUUUACAAAAUUUAGCAACAAGAAACAUUUAAUACAUGUUAAUAAAUACAUUAAGGGUUAUAAACAAACAUGAUUUCUCUUAAUUUCCAUAAACUUUUUGAAAUCCUAUUACUAGUAACAUGUUUUUCACUAAGCUACCAAUUUUAUGUUCCUGGUAUGGCACCUACGGACUUCAAAAAAGGUGACCCAAUCGAAGUAAAAGCUGUAAAAAUGACAAGUAUACAUACUCAACUACCUUAUGAAUAUUACUCCCUACCAUUUUGUCUGCCAAAAGGGGGCUCUGAGGCUAUUCAUUAUAAAUCAGAAAACUUGGGAGAAGUUUUAAGAGGCGAUCGGAUUGUAAAUACUCCCUAUAUUGUAAAAAUGGCUGAACCCACACCCUGUAGUUUACUUUGCAAUUCGCCUGAUAAACCUAUUCAUUGGAGCGUUAGGGAAUCUCAGACAGUGGUAGAUAGGAUCCAACAUGAAUAUUUUGUUCAUUUAUUAGUGGAUAAUUUACCAGCAGCUACACAGAAUUUUAACCCAGAAACGAAUGAAAAUCAAUUAGAACAUGGCUACAGACUUGGAAACACAGUUGGAGAUAGAAGUUUUAUCAACAACCACCUUAAGCUUACAUUGUUGUAUCAUAAUCCUCAACCUAAUGUAUACAGAGUUGUCGGUUUUCGCGCCACUGCCAAAUCCAUUCACAUGGACGAAAUGAAAUUUGAAGGAAACACUUGUCGUUUCACUAGCAAACCUCGUUCGCAGGUAGUCGAUCCUGUAGCCGGCACAAAAUUGUACUUUACAUACGAGGUGGAGUGGAAGGAAUCGACUGUCAGCUGGGCUUCCAGAUGGGAUACUUAUCUUGCAAUGACAGAUGCCCAAAUCCAUUGGUUUUCUAUUAUCAAUUCCAUUGUUGUUAUAUUUUUCCUGUCUGGAAUUUUGACCAUGAUUAUGGUUAGAACUUUGAGAAGAGACAUUGCUAAAUAUAAUGCUGAUGAAAGCUAUGAUGAGACCAUAGAGGAAACUGGUUGGAAAUUGGUUCAUGGAGAUGUUUUCAGACCUCCUAGAAAUUCUAGAUUGUUCGCAGCGCUAGUGGGCUCAGGAAUGCAAAUAUUUUUAAUGUCUUUGAUAACAAUAUUUUUCGCAAUGUUAGGAAUGUUAUCGCCUGCCUCACGUGGAGCUCUUACUACGGCUGCGAUCACCUUUUACAUGAUCCACGGAGCCGUUGCUGGAUAUUUAUCUGCUAGACUUUAUAAAACAAUGAAGGGACGAGAAUGGAAAAGGGCAGCUUUUCUGACUGCCUCUCUUUAUCCGGCAGUUGUUGGUCUUACAUGUUUCUUUUUGAACUUCUUUAUUUGGGGAAAGGCUAGCAGCGGUGCUGUACCAUUCUCUGCGAUGAUCAGUCUUUUGUUGAUGUGGGUAUUUAUAUCCUUGCCUUUGGUAUACCUCGGAUACUACUUUGGUUAUAGGAAGCAACCAUAUCAACAUCCAGUUCGAACAAAUCAAAUACCGAGACAGGUCCCAGAACAACAUUGGUAUAUGAAUCCAAUGCUAUGUACUCUAAUGGCUGGCAUCUUACCAUUCGGAGCUGUGUUUAUAGAGCUGUUUUUCAUAUUCACUGCCAUUUGGAAGAAUCAGUUCUACUACCUUUUUGGAUUCUUGUUUUUGGUGUUUGUGAUCCUUGUGAUAUCCUGUUCCCAAAUAUCCAUUGUUAUGGUAUAUUUCCAGUUAUGUGGAGAGGACUAUCACUGGUGGUGGCGCAGCUUCAUCGUUUCAGGAGGCAGCGCGCUCUACAUCUUAGGUUACUCCCUUUUCUAUUUCAUGACCGUUCUAGAAAUAACGGAGUUCAUACCGACAUUGCUCUACAUCGGUUACACGGGCCUUAUGGUAUUCACGUUUUGGCUGUUGACAGGUACGAUAGGAUUCUUCGCGGCGUACGCAUUCGUUAGAAAAAUUUACGCAGCUGUAAAAAUAGAUUAAUUCUUUUUCGAUAAUUUAAUGUUUUUAUUUGACUCAAAGAGUCGAGAUUUUAUAUUUAUAUACUUUCAGGUUAUUUUAAAACAUCGUUCAUUUACAGUGUUGAAAGUUUUUCUUGUUGUUACAUUUUCGAAUAACUAUGACAAUGUCAGUCUUCAUAUACUGAAUGAGCGAUGUUUGACUUUCUCAACCACCCAGAGUUCAGAUAAAAAAAAACAGUAAAGUAUUUUAUCCAGAACUUUCCUCGAUAUAGAAAUUGUAAAAUAAUUGGAAAUUUUGCCGAUUCUCUAGUUUUUAUUUUUGUUAACUAUUUUGUUAAACUUUAUAAAAAAAAAAACAAAAAUCUGUAUUUACUAUUAAAAUACUGACUUUUAUGAAAUUGUUAAUUUAAAAAAACGUUUCUACAAAUUAUGAUCUUUUAUCAACGAUAUUUUAACAUAAUCAUCUAUUUAAUAAAAAAAAAAGUUUGUGUAUAUAAUAUAUUUAUAAAUGUGGGGAAAAUGUAAAGUUAUGGGGUAAUUAUAGAUUUAAGUUCAUUUUUUUAUAUUCAAAAUAUUUCUAAAUAUUGAUUUUACAUCAGCGAUUUGAUCUUAAAUUUUUCAACAAUACACGUAUCCCAUGUGACAAUUAUUAUGUGGCUAAAAGAAACAUUAGUAACUUUAGUAGUAAUACUAAAACAAUGUCACUGGCAUUUUCUUGUCGUUAUUUUCUCAGGAAGAACUAGAGUUGUCCUUUUUUGUCCAUCACCUACAUCUGUGUUGUUCAUGACGUUGUAUAUAUAACCUGCUCGGAAAUAGGCUGAUCUAAGUACGGCUAUUUUCUUGAAAUUUCUUGUUUUACCAGAUCACAUCACAUGGGAUACGUGUAUUAUUGACGACUCGUUACAUAAAAUAUUAAGAAUUAUCUUCGUGAUAUAUGAG